GUAAGCGACACCCGGGCUAUUUUGGAUGGAGGGCGACACAUGUCCCUCUCCUCCCCCCGCCUCCGGCUCUCUGUAUCCUUCAUGUGACUUUCCUUUCUCUGGGGCUGCAGGACACGGAGCGGAGACUCAGGGAGAGGGGAUCAGUCUGAACUGCCCAAAAUUGUCCAAAAGAAAAAAAAAAUCAUCUCCGAAAGUGGAUUUAAGCCGGGAAUCACCUGAAGUAACACGGGAUCUGCUGCACCCCCAAGAGAAGGUCUUCACCGAUAUUGGGGUCCCCAUGAAAGACUGGGGGGUCCUUACAGCCACAGCACAGAAGCUCUGAAGACGUGGAGAUAAGAUAUCCACAAUGGAUUCCAGCUCAUUCAGCGGUGUGCCUCGCUUCCUCACGAGGCCCAACGCCUUCAUGAUGUCUGUGGGUAAAGAUGCCACCUUGAGUUGUCAGAUUGUUGGUAAUCCUGCACCUGCAGUCACCUGGGAGAAGGACAAACUUCAAAUCCAGUCUGGAGGUCGCUUCAAGAUGGUACAAGAUGGCGAACUCUACCAGCUGACCAUCUACGACUUAUCCUUUCAGGACAGCGGUCAGUACAUCUGCCGUGCUAUCAACAACAUAGGCGAGGCAUUCGCUGCGGUCACAGUCAAGGUGGGAGAGACGAGUGCGGUGGUGGAAUGUGCUCCAUACUUUAUUCUGAAGCCAACUUCCUCGAGAGUGAGCCUGGGAGAAGACACUACCUUCCAGUGCCGGGUACAAGGCCACCCAUCACCAGUGGUAACCUGGGAGAAAGAUGAUCGACUGCUGGGAACAGCCGUUGAUUCCAACCGCUUACGUGUAGAGUCCCAAGGGGAGUCCAGCGCUCUGCGGAUCCACUGUAUUCGCUUUUCAGAUAGCGGGACUUAUCUGUGUCGAGCAGAGAACUCUGUUGGCCAGAUCAAGGCUUCUGCUUCACUGUCUAUUGAGUCUUUUAGCAAUGUGAAUACCAACAAUACUGGCGCAAUGGAGUCUUCAUAUGGUAAAACGGCCUCGCUGCUGUCUCACCUCCAGAAACGGCGUGAGGAGAUGCGGAAAACUGACCUUUCCAUCAUGGGCUCCUACGACUUGAACACCACGAGCUAUGGAGCUCUGGAUACCUUGACUGGUCUGGGAUUAUCUCUUGACUAUGAAAGGGCGGCCACCCUUGCACCCAAAAUAAACCGUGAAGGUGCCAUGAGCGUCCUCACCCGCACCUGCACUGUGACUGAGGGCAAGCACGCCAAGAUGAGCUGCUUUGUAACAGGUGAACCCAAACCGGAGAUUGUGUGGAAGAAGGACGGAGAGGUGAUCACGGAGGGCCGGAGACACGUGGUCUACGAGGAUGAGCAGGAGAAUUUUGUGCUGAAAAUUUUAUUUUGCAAACAAAGUGACAAUGGAUUGUACACGUGCACGGCAUCCAACCUAGCCGGCCAGACCUACAGCUCUGUGUUGGUCAUAGUCAAAGAGCCCAGAAUUCCUUUCCGAUCAAAACUACAAGACCUGGAAGUGAGGGAGAAGGAGGCGGCCACCUUCCAGUGUGAGGUUCCACAAACCAUCACCGAAUCCACCUGGUACAAGGAGGAGACCAAACUCCAGCAGAGCUCUAAGUAUAACAUGGAAGCAGAAGGAACGAUUCGGAGACUGACCAUUCAGAACAUCACCACUGAUGAUGACGCUGUCUACAUCUGUGAGAUGAAAGAAGGCAGCCGCACCAUCGCUGAGCUGUCCGUCCAAGGUAACCUAAUAAAGAAGCUUCCUCGCAGGACGGCAGUACCGGUCAGUGACACGGCCAUCUUCUGUGUAGAGCUGGACAAUGAUUGUGAGAAGGUCAGGUGGACAAGCAAUGGUCAGAGUGUGGUCCCUGACGGGCGGAUCUCCAUUACCUCCUCUGGUAAACAGCACACCAUGAUCAUCCGCGAGUGCAAGAACAGCGACUCUGGCGAGAUUGCCUUCAUAGCCGAUGAGUGUAAGACGUCCACCCAAUUCACCGUCACCACCUUAAGAAAACCUCCCUCUAAUGCCCCCAUUAACCCUGUGGUGACAGACAAGACUGAAACAUCUGUCAGAUUAGCCUGGUCCCCUCCCCCAAUGGACAGGCCAGUGCCCAUUGAUGGGUACAUUGUAGAACGGAAAAAACUUGGAGCCAUGACCUGGGUGAGGUGCCAUGAAUCCCCCAACGUGCCCACCCCAGAGUUCAUCGUCAGGCAUGUCCCAGAUGAAGGAAGCUUCCAGUUCCGGGUCAGUGCCUUGAACAGCUAUGGACAGAGCCCCCACCUGGAGUUCCCGGGGACAUUAUAUCUCGAACCGGUUCCUUCCAUUAAGACUCCUCUGAAGCCGGUUGACGUUGCGUUUGGCGCAGAGGCCACUUUCUCCGUUGACCUCACCACGGUGUCUCCUGGCUCGUGGUGGAUAAACGGGAAGGUUGUGGAGAGUAACGAUCAGUAUGUGGUGAAACGGGUGAAGAACACGCACAUGCUUCUGAUCAAGAGCGUCACCCAACAAGAGGACCAAGCAGAUAUUACAUUCACCUGUAAAGGUAUCGAGAGCAGCACCAAGCUGAGGGUGAGAGCUCUUCCACACUUCACAACCAGUAAGAGGCUCUCUGAGGUGCAGCUGAGGUCUGGAGAUCAGGCAGAGUUCGUGUCGGAGACUUCGGAGGAGAACGUCCGGGUUUUGUGGUAUAAAAACGGCAAAGAGAUUCGACACUCGAAGAAAUUCCAGCUGGAGUCCCGAGGAAAACUCCAGAAGCUGCAGAUCUCCUGCGUCCAGAGGGAAGAUGAAGGGACGUACACGUGCAGCCUAGGCGAUGACAUCAUCACCUUCAGCUUACAGGUUACAGAACCAGAGCCGGCCUUCAUCAACCAGGACAAGGUCCAGAAGGAGGUGGUGGCCAAACUGACGGAGAGCGCCGUCCUGAGCUGUGAGGUCUCCGAGAGAAAGACGGAGGUGAAAUGGUACAAGGACGGGAAGCUGAUCACCUCCAGCAAGAAACUGAGGGUGGAGACCGAGGGCAAAUACCGGCGUCUGGUGGUGGAGCAGGUGGAGAAGAAAGACGCCGGAGAGUACAGCUGUGAGGUGGCCGGGCAGAAGAUCAGCUUCAAAGUCAACGUCAAAGAACCAGAGCCGGCCUUCAUCAACCAGGACAAGGUCCAGAAGGAGAAGGUGGCCAAACUGACGGAGAGCGCCGUCCUGAGCUGUGAGGUCUCUGAUGGAAAGACGGAGGUGAAAUGGUACAAGGACGGGAAGCUGAUCACCUCCAGCAAGAAACUGAGGGUGGAGACCGAGGGCAAAUACCGGCGUCUGGUGGUGGAGCAGGUGGAGAAGAAAGACGCCGGAGAGUACAGCUGUGAGGUGGCCGGGCAGAAGAUCAGCUUCAAAGUCAACGUCAAAGAACCAGAGCCGGCCUUCAUCAACCAGGACAAGGUCCAGAAGGAGGUGGUGGCCAAACUGACGGAGAGCGCCGUCCUGAGCUGUGAGGUCUCCGAGAGAAAGACGGAGGUGAAAUGGUACAAGGACGGGAAGCUGAUCACCUCCAGCAAGAAACUGAGGAUGGAGACCGAGGGCAAAUACCGGCGUCUGGUGGUGGAGCAGGUGGAGAAGAAAGACGCCGGAGAGUACAGCUGUGAGGUGGCCGGGCAGAAGAUCAGCUUCAAAGUCAACGUCAAAGAACCAGAGCCGGCCUUCAUCAACCAGGACAAGGUCCAGAAGGAGGUGGUGGCCAAACUGACGGAGAGUGCCGUCCUGAGCUGUGAGGUCUCUGAUGGAAAGACAGAGGUGAAAUGGUACAAGGACGGGAAGCUGAUCACCUCCAGCAAGAAACUGAGGGUGGAGACCGAGGGCAAAUACCGGCGUCUGGUGGUGGAGCAGGUGGAGAAGAAAGACGCCGGAGAGUACAGCUGUGAGGUGGCCGGACAGAAGAUCAGCUUCAAAGUCAACGUCAAAGAACCAGAGCCGGCCUUCAUCAACCAGGACAAGGUCCAGAAGGAGGUGGUGGCCAAACUGACGGAGAGCGCCGUCCUGAGCUGUGAGGUCUCUGAUGAAAAGAUGGAGGUGAAAUGGUACAAGGACGAGAAGCUGAUCACCUCCAGCAAGAAACUGAGGAUAGAGACCGAGGGCAAAUACCGGCGUCUGGUGGUGGAGCAGGUGGAGAAGAAAGACGCCGGAGAGUAUAGCUGUGAUGUGGCCGGGCAGAAGAUCAGCUUCAAAGUCAACGUCAAAGAACCAGAGCCGGCCUUCAUCAACCAGGACAAGGUCCAGAAGGAGGUGGUGGCCAAACUGACGGAGAGUGCCGUCCUGAGCUGUGAGGUCUCUGAUGGAAAGACGGAGGUGAAAUGGUACAAGGACGGGAAGCUGAUCACCUCCAGCAAGAAACUGAGGGUAGAGACUGAGGGCAAAUACCGGCGUCUGGUGGUGGAGCAGGUGGAGAAGAAAGACGCCGGAGAGUACAGCUGUGAGGUGGCCGGGCAGAAGAUCAGCUUCAAAGUCAACGUCAAAGAACCAGAGCCGGCCUUCAUCAACCAGGACAAGGUCCAGAAGGAGGUGGUGGCCAAACUGACGGAGAGCGCCGCCCUGAGCUGUGAGGUCUCUGAUGGAAAGACGGAGGUGAAAUGGUACAAGGACGGGAAGCUGAUCACCUCCAGCAAGAAACUGAGGGUAGAGACCGAGGGCAAAUACCGGCGUCUGGUGGUGGAGCAGGUGGAGAAGAAAGACGCCGGAGAGUACAGCUGUGAGGUGGCCGGACAGAAGAUCAGCUUCAAAGUCAACGUCAAAGAACCAGAGCCGGCCUUCGUCAACCAGGACAAGGUCCAGAAGGAGGUGGUGGCCAAACUGACGGAGAGCGCCGUCCUGAGCUGUGAGGUCUCUGAUGGAAAGACGGAGGUGAAAUGGUACAAGGACGGGAAGCUGAUCACCUCCAGCAAGAAACUGAGGGUAGAGACUGAGGGCAAAUACCGGCGUCUGGUGGUGGAGCAGGUGGAGAAGAAAGACGCCGGAGAGUACAGCUGUGAGGUGGCCGGGCAGAAGAUCAGCUUUAAAGUCAACGUCAAAGAACCAGAGCCGGCCUUCAUCAACCAGGACAAGGUCCAGAAGGAGGUGGUGGCCAAACUGACGGAGAGUGCCGUCCUGAGCUGUGAGGUCUCUGAUGGAAAGACGGAGGUGAAAUGGUACAAGGACGGGAAGCUGAUCACCUCCAGCAAGAAACUGAGGGUAGAGACUGAGGGCAAAUACCGGCGUCUGGUGGUGGAGCAGGUGGAGAAGAAAGACGCCGGAGAGUACAGCUGUGAGGUGGCCGGGCAGAAGAUCAGCUUCAAAGUCAACGUCAAAGAACCAGAGCCGGCCUUCAUCAACCAGGACAAGGUCCAGAAGGAGGUGGUGGCAAAACUGACGGAGAGUGCCGUCCUGAGCUGUGAGGUCUCUGAUGGAAAGACGGAGGUGAAAUGGUACAAGGACGGGAAGCUGAUCACCUCCAGCAAGAAACUGAGGGUGGAGACCGAGGGCAAAUACCGGCGUCUGGUGGUGGAGCAGGUGGAGAAGAAAGACGCCGGAGAGUAUAGCUGUGAGGUGGCCGGGCAGAAGAUCAGCUUCAAAGUCAACGUCAAAGAACCAGAGCCGGCCUUCAUCAACCAGGACAAGGUCCAGAAGGAGGUGGUGGCCAAACUGACGGAGAGCGCCGUCCUGAGCUGUGAGGUCUCUGAUGGAAAGACGGAGGUGAAAUGGUACAAGGACGGGAAGCUGAUCACCUCCAGCAAGAAACUGAGGGUGGAGACCGAGGGCAAAUACCGGCGUCUGGUGGUGGAGCAGGUGGAGAAGAAAGAGGCCGGAGAGUAUAGCUGUGAGGUGGCCGGGCAGAAGAUCAGCUUCAAAGUCAGCGUCAAAGAACCAGAGCCGACCUUCAUCAACCAGGACAAGGUCCAGAAGGAGGUGGUGGCCAAACUGACGGAGAGCGCCGUCCUGAGCUGUGAGGUCUCUGAUGGAAAGACGGAGGUGAAAUGGUACAAGGACGGGAAGCUGAUCACCUCCAGCAAGAAACUGAGGAUAGAGACCGAGGGCAAAUACCGACGUCUGGUGGUGGAGCAGGUGGAGAAGAAAGACGCCGGAGAGUACAGCUGUGAGGUGGCCGGACAGAAGAUCAGCUUCAAAGUCAACGUCAAAGAACCAGAGCCGGCCUUCAUCAACCAGGACAAGGUCCAGAAGGAGGUGGUGGCCGAACUGACGGAGAGCGCCGUCCUGAGCUGUGAGGUCUCUGAUGUGAAGACAGAGGUGAAAUGGUACAAGGACGGGAAGCUGAUCACCUCCAGCAAGAAACUGAGGAUAGAGACCGAGGGCAAAUACCGGCGUCUGGUGGUGGAGCAGGUGGAGAAGAAAGACGCCGGAGAGUACAGCUGUGAGGUGGCCGGGCAGAAGAUCAGCUUCAAAGUCAACGUCAAAGAACCAGAGCCGGCCUUCAUCAACCAGGACAAGGUCCAGAAGGAGGUGGUGGCAAAACUGACGGAGAGCGCCGUCCUGAGCUGUGAGGUCUCUGAUGGAAAGACGGAGGUGAAAUGGUACAAGGACGGGAAGCUGAUCACCUCCAGCAAGAAACUGAGGAUAGAGACUGAGGGCAAAUACCGGCGUCUGGUGGUGGAGCAGGUGGAGAAGAAAGACGCCGGAGAGUACAGCUGUGAGGUGGCCGGGCAGAAGAUCAGCUUCAAAGUCAACGUCAAAGAACCAGAGCUGGCCUUCAUCAAUCAGGAAAAGGUCCAGAAGGAUGUGGUGGCCAAACUGACGGAGAGCGCCGUCCUGAGCUGUGAGGUCUCUGAUGUGAAGACGGAGGUGAAAUGGUACAAGGACGGGAAGCUGAUCACCUCCAGCAAGAAACUGAGGGUAGAGACCGAGGGCAAAUACCGGCGUCUGGUGGUGGAGCAGGUGGAGAAGAAAGACGCCGGAGAGUACAGCUGUGAGGUGGCCGGGCAGAAGAUCAGCUUCAAAGUCAACGUCAAAGAGCCGGAACUGGCCUUCAUCCACACGGAUAAGAUCCAGAAGGAGGUGGUGGUCAAACUGACGGAGAGUGCCACCCUGAGCUGUGAGGUCUCUGAUGUGAAAACAGAGGUGAAAUGGUACAAGGACGGGAAGCUGAUCACCUCCAGCAAGAAACUGAGGGUGGAGACCGAGGGCAAAUACCGGCGUCUGGUGGUGGAGCAGAUGGAGAAGAAAGACGCCGGAGAGUACAGCUGUGAGGUAGCCGGACAGAAGAUCAACUUUAAGAUCAAUGUCACAGAACCAGAAGCCAAGUUCCUGAAGACGUCUGAACAGAAAGAAGCAGUAUUUGUACAAGAGCACGAGGACAUCACCCUGCUGACCUCUGUCCAACCCCAAAAUGCUCAAGUCAAAUGGUUUAAAGAUGGCACUGAGCUGAGUGCUUCCAAAAAGUACCAGAUAUCUGCAGAUGGUGCGUCCAGGACCCUUAUUGUGAAAACAGCAGAAAGCAAAGACAGUGCUGUGUACACCUGCAGCAUUGGUAGUGAUAAGCAGGAGUUCCGGGUACAAGUCAAAGAAAUCCCUGUGAAGUUUGUGAAGAAGUUGGAGGCCAUGACAGGAGAGAUCGGCUCAUCCAUCACACUAACUUGUGAGCUGAGCCAGGCCAAAGGCGAUGUGACCUGGAAAAGAAAUGGAGGGGAGAUCAAACCAAACAAGAGAAUCCAGAUCCGCUCAGAUGGAGGCAAACGUAGCCUGACAAUCUCCCAGCUGAAGGCCGAGGAUGAAGGGGAGUAUUCUUGUGAAUCACGGGAUAAGACAACCAUUGCACAGCUGAGAACCAAAGCUCCACGAGUCGUUAAAUUCACCGCAGAGCUGAGUAACGUGGUGGUGGAGGAAGGUGCAGAGGCCACAUUUAAAUGCACCAUAUCCCCGGAUGACGCUGCAGUGACCUGGUAUAGAAAUGGUGCCAAUAUAGAAAAAAGCAAUAAAUACAAGUUCAGUAAGAAAGGAGCCAUCCACAGUUUGAGCAUCAGCCAGCUGACCCUGCAGGAUGCUGGGGAAAUUACUGCAGAUGCAGAAGGGGUGAAAACCACAGCCACCCUGAAGGUCCGAGAGGCCCCAGUGUUGUUUAAGAAGAAGUUGGAAGCUAUCACGGUAGAAGAAAGACAUACUGUCUGCCUGGAGGUCGAGCUCUCCAAAGCCACCAAAGACGUGAAAUGGAUGAAGAACGGCGUUGUUCUUCAGUCUGGUAACAACAUUGAAAUCAAAUCUGAAGGCUGCAAGCAGAUCCUCAUCCUAAAGAACGUCACAUAUACCGACCGUGGACUGUAUGGCUGUGAGACGCUGGAUGACUCCACACAAGCCAAGCUCAACGUGGAGAUGCGGCAGGUGAAGCUGGUCAGAGGUCUCCGGGACGUGGAGGUUCGUGAGAAGGACUCGGCCACCUUUGAGCUGGAGCUCUCACAUGAAGAUGUUGAUGGGUCAUGGAUGAAGGAUGGGUUGAAGAUUAAAUCCUCAGAAUCCUGCAAGAUUAUAGUGAAUGGCAGAAAGCAUGGACUUCUCCUGUCCUCUGUGAAGCAGGAAGAUGCUGGAGUUGUGUCCUUCAAAUCAGAAGGAAUCCAGAGCUCCGCUAAACUCAUUGUUAAAGAGCCUCCAGUGACGAUCACUCAUCCCCUCCAGGACAUGACAGUGGAGGAGAGGGACAAGGUCACCUUUGAAUGUCAGGUUUCGAGGGCAAAUGCCGAGGUGAAAUGGCUGAAGGAUGGAUCGGAGCUCAGGCCGAGCAAAAAGAUCACAAUUAUCUCCCAAGGUAACAAGCGUAACCUCACCAUCCACAAGUGCGAACCUGACGACAAAGGGGCGUACGUCUGCGACGCUGGCGACAACAAGAGCUCCGCCCAUCUGACCGUGCAAGCUCGGGACAUCCGCUUCAUUAGGCCGCUGGAGGACGUGGAUGUGACCGAGAAGGAGGCAGCUUCAUUCAUCUGUCAGAUUUCUCACGAUGACGUCCAAACUCAAUGGUACAAAAAUGGCGCCAAGUUGAGGGCAGGAGACAACGUGAAGAUGCGCCAGGAAGGACGGACCUUCUCACUGACCUUCAAGAGUGUCCAGGCGCAAGAUGCCGGAGAGAUCAAGCUUGUCGCUGAAAAUGCAGAGUCCUGCGCCAGGCUGUGCAUUCGAGAGCUUCCAGUAAAAAUAACCAAGCCACUGCGGGAUAAGAUCGCCAUAGAGAAGCACCGGGCGUUCCUGGAGUGCCAAGUGUCCCGUGCCAGCGGCGAGGUGACCUGGUACAAGAAGGACAAAGUCAUACAAACGGGAAAGCGAUACGAGAUUGUUAGCCAGGAGCGCGACAGGAAGCUUAUCAUCAACGAGGUGGAGUUCGAGGACGAGGACACCUACACCUGUGACGCCGGAGAUGACAAGACCUCCGCCAAGCUGCUGGUAGAAGAACAAUCUAUUAACAUUGUCAGUGAGCUGAGUGAUGUGGAGGUGAUGGAACCGGAGAAGGCGACGUUUGAGUGUGUAACAUCCAUUGUGUCUGUGAAGCCCCCGAAAUGGAUCCUGGGGGGUGAAGUUCUACAGGAUGGGAAAGACCUCACCAUAGAGCAGGAGGGGACGGUGCAUCGGCUGACCCUUUGGAAGACAUCCUCAAAGAUGAGCGGUGCCAUCCAGUUUCACAUUGGGAAGUCCAAGUCCACCGCUCAUCUGGUUGUGACAGAGAUUCCAGUGCAGGUCACUCAGAAGCUAGAAGACAGGACGGUCAGCGAGCGCCAGUCUGUCCUCUUCUCCUGUGAGUUCAAGCCUCCUCCUAAGUUUGUGGAAUGGUUCUGGGGGAAGACGCAGAUCGAAGCUUCAGACAGAUACAGAAUAAAGCAGGAGCGCGGCACAGCAGAGCUGAGGAUUGUGAAGGUGACUCCUGAGGAUGGUGGCAUAUACACGUGUAAAGUCGGGCCAGUCGAGACUUCUGCCAUACUCACGGUUCAAGCUCGGGACGUAAAAGUGUUGAAGCCCUUGGCAGAUGUGGAGGUGGAGGAAGAGAGUUGUGCUGCAUUCUCCUGCGAGCUGUCUCAUGAUGACGAGGAGGUGGAAUGGUUCCUCAAUGACACGCUGCUCUACACAAACAACUACAAUGACAUCAAAAAGAUUGGAGAAUGCCACACCCUGACCCUGAAGCAAGUGGCUGCUCAGGACUCCGGGACCAUCAGCCUAAAGACUCAGAAGCUGACACUCACUGCAGAGCUGAAGGUCAAAGAGAAGCCUGUAGUGUUCAUGAAGUCUCUGGAUGAUGCGGUGGGAGAGGAGCGAGGGAUGGUCACUCUGAAGUGUGAGGUCUCCAAACCCAAAGUCACCGCCAUCUGGAAGAAAAAUGAUCAACUUCUGCCAAACGGAGACAAAUAUCACCAGAUCCAGGCUGGAAAAAUCGUGUCCCUUACCAUCCACAACCUGAACAAGGCCGACGCCGGACUGUACACCUGUGACAUCGGCACUGAAGUGGCAAAGUCGAAAGUCAGCGUACAAGAACUCAACAUUGGAAUCACGAAACGCCUGAAGAGCACCGAGGCCAAAGAAGGUGAGAGCUGCAGCUUCGAGUGUGUCUUGUCUCAUGAGAGCAUCGAUGAAUGCUCCUGGACGGUAAACGGGGUGGACGUAGAAAGUGAUCAGAGGUUCGAAGUGUCCAACAAGGGCCGGAAGUACCUGCUGAACAUAAAGGAGGUAAAGGCCAGUGACGCCGGAGAUGUGAUCUUCACAGCUCGCAACCUAUCAUCCAAAGCCACACUGACUGUCAGAGAGAAGCCAGCAAUAAUAUCAAAACCCCUGGAAGAUAAAACUUCCAUUGCUGGAGAAGACAUUGUGCUGAAAUGUGAGCUCUCAAAGGAGGACACAAAUGUCAAGUGGUCCAAGGAUGGGAAAGUGCUGAGGAGAAACCAGAAAUAUGAAAUCUGCCAGGAGAGAACGGAGACCUGGAUCAUAAUUCAUGAAGCCUCAGUCAAAGACUCUGGUGAAUACAUCUGUGAAACUUCCAUCUCCAAGACAAAAGCUUCAGUGCAGAUUGCAGAAAAACCCAAUAGAUUCAUUAAGGAGAUUUCAGACGUGAAGGCCGAGGAGGGGGAAGCUGCCAUCUUUACCUGUGAGGCUGAGAGAAGUCCACCCACCGUGAAGUGGAGGAAAAGUAUCACUGAGCUCAAGUCGUCCAAGAAAUAUGAGCUCAGCCAGAAAGGGAAUGUCCUGAGCCUGACCGUCAACGACCUGGAGAAGGGCGACAGCGACACAUACAUAUGUGAUAUCGGAGAUGCCCAGUGCAAGGCCUCCCUCACUGUCACAGGCCACAAAGUUCUUAUCGUAGAAGACUUGGAAGAUGCAGAAGUUUUUGAAGGAGAAUCUGUCAUGUUUAAGUGUAGGAUUUCUCCGGCACAUUAUCAGAAAGUACAAUGGUUUCUGGAUAAAACCCCGUUGCAUACCAAUGAAGUCAAUGAGAUACAAGCCCUUGCAGGGGGCUACCACACUCUGUAUCUCAAGCAGUUGGGUGUGAAGGACUCUGGGAUAGUCACCUUUGAAGCCGGGAACCAGAAAACUUCUGUAAAACUUUUAGUGAAAGCUGUUCAGGCUUUCUUCAAGCGUGAGGUGCAGGGCACGGAGGCCGAGGAAGGCGCAGCGGCCACACUCUCCUGUGAACUCUCCAAUGAGAAAGCUGCUGUGCAGUGGAAGAAGGAUGGAGAACUCCUUCAGCCCAGCAAUAAGUAUGAGAUGAAGAUUAGAGAUCGCAGAGUGGAAUUACUUGUUCACAAUCUGGUGAAGGAAGAUGCCGGAACGUAUACAUGUGAAACCGGGGAACAGACGUCUUCGGCAAUGCUAACCGUCAGGGCUGUCCAGGUCUUAUUUAAAAGAGGUCUCCGUAAUGAGAAAUCCAAGGAGGGGAGCACAGUCAAACUACAAUGUGAGCUCAAUAAGUCUGGUGCGCCUGUGACAUGGACUAAAGACGAAGAAAUAUUACAGAGUGGUGACAAGUAUGACAUCAAGCAACAGAGCGCUGUGGUGGAGCUUCUUAUCCUUAAUGCAAAACCAGAAGACUCUGGUGACUACACGUGUGAUACUGGAGACCAGAAGAGCACAUCUCAUGUGACCAUCACUGCUAUUCCAGUUCGCUUUAAACAAGACCUGCAGGACUGUAAUGUGGACGAAGGUUCUUCUGUCACUCUUGCCUGUGAGAUCAGUAAGGCCAACGCUCAUGUCAUUUGGAAGAAAGGUGUUACCGUUCUUCAAGCCAAUGACAAGUAUGAAUUUAGGCAGAAGGGAACUGUAGUAGAACUGGUCAUUCACAAUGUGAAAUCAGAGGAUUCUUCAACCUACAUCUGUGAUACUGGAGACCAACAGACUACUGCCCGGGUCAAAGUGCAAGAACUUCCAGCCCACUUCACCGAGGAGCUGAUCAAUCAGCAAGCUAAUGAAGGAGCCUCCAUCACUCUACGCUGUGAACUCAACAAGCCAGAUGCCCCCGUAGAGUGGAGGAAGGAGAACACAGUGAUCAAACCAAGCAAGAAGUUUAAGAUCCACCAGGAGGGUCAGACCGCAGAACUGAUCAUCCGUGACCUGGCACCAGAGGAUGGAGGAGACUACACCUGCAUCUGUGGAGAGCACCAGGCGACUGGAACUGUGAAAGUUACUGCGUUACCUCCACUGUUUAAAGAAGAACUAAAGAAUGAAAGGGCAUCUGAAGGAGAAGAUGCAAAGCUCCUCUGUGAGCUCACCAAACCUGGGGCCACCAUAGAAUGGAGAAAAGGGGACCAGGUCCUUAAAGCUGGUGACAAAUACACAAUGAGGCAGGAAGGAGUGUAUGCCGAGAUGGUAAUAAAAAAUCUUGACAACAGUGACUCUGGGCAUUACACCUGCGUGUGUGGAGAGCAGAAGACCACGGCCGUGCUGACUGUCAAUGCUCUUCCGAUACUCUUCAAAGAAAAGCUCACUAACACUGAGGCAGUGGAAGGAGAAACUAUCACUCUCCACUGUGAGCUCUCUAAGCCAGUGUCCUCUGUUGCAUGGAAGAAGGGACACGCCACCCUGAAACCAAACAAUAAGUUCACAAUGAUUCUGGAAGGUUCUGUGGCGGAGUUGACCAUUCAGGAUCUUGAUCUGAAAGAUGGUGGAAGCUACAGCUGUGUUUACGAAGGAGAAGAGACCAUGGCGAACAUCAGAGUCAAUGAACAUCCCAUUCUCUUCAAACAUGAGCUGAGUAACGUGGAGAGUACAGAGGGCCGAGCCGUGACUCUGAGCUGUGAAUUCACCCAGCCCCCACCUCAUGUGGAAUGGAGAAGAGGGCACAAAGUCAUCAAACCAGGACAGAAAUAUGAAGUGAGGCAGGAUCGAGCAACCGCGCAGCUCAUCAUUCGGGAUUUAGAGCAGAAGGACACCGGAGAUUAUACGUGUGUGUGCGGGGAGCGGUGCUCCACAGCCGUCCUAAUAGUGAAUGCUCUUCCAGUACAUUUCACACACGGCCUGAAGGACGAAGACACCGCAGAGGGUGAGAGACUUGUCCUUCAUUGUGAACUCAGCAAACCUGACGUAAGCGUAGAGUGGAGAAAGGGACGUACUCUCCUUCAGGAGUCUGAGAAAUACGUCCUGAGACAGGAGGGCCCCGUGGUGGAGCUUGUCAUCACUGACCUACGUGAGGAGGAUGCUGGAAUCUAUAGUUGUGUCUGUGGAGACCAAGAAACCUCUUCAACCAUACAUAUCAAAGCUUUACCUCCAAGAUUUACGAGAGAACUCAAGAGCGAGGAUUGUACGGAGGGGAGCUCAGCUCUUCUAACCUGUGAACUGACCAAAGCCAAUGCCCAACUAGAGUGGAGGAAAGGAGACCAUGUGCUCCAACCCAGCAACAAGUACAAGAUGACCCAGGAUGGCUGUACUGCCGAGCUGGAGAUCUCUAAUGUGGACUUGCACGAUGGCGGACAGUAUACGUGCAUGUGUGGAGACCAAAAGACCUCGGCAACACUCAUAGUGCAUGCUUUACCACCAGAAUUUAAGGAAGAACUAAAAAAUCAGGAAGCUGUAGAAGGCGACUCGGUCACUCUGCACUGUGAGCUGACCAAACCAGACGCAUCUCUGGAGUGGAGAAAAGGACACAAAAUCAUUAAGUCCAGUGACAAGUACAGUGUCAUCCAGGAAGGUUUGGUGGCUGAACUGGUUGUACGCAACGUGGACCAACAUGAUACUGGGAGAUAUAUUUGCGUGUGUGGAGAUAAUCAGACGGCAGCCACACUGACCGUGAAGGCUAUUCCACCACAAUUUAAAGAUGGAUUAGACAACACGGAAGGUGUGGAAGGAGAAUCGCUGACCUUACGAUGCACCUUGACCAAGCCAAAGGCUUCUCUGCAGUGGAGAAAGGAGCAAAAGACGCUGAAGCCGAGCAGCAAAUAUAAAUUUGUCCAGAACGGUCUUGUGGCUGAGCUGGUCAUUCAUUGCCUGGAUCUAGACGAUGCUGGGGAAUACAGAUGCAUUUGUGGGGACCACGAAACAUCAGCUUCAGUGGCCGUGAAGGCUCUCCCACCACGGUUUAGAAAGGAAUUAAAGGGCAAAGAAAUCUCUGAGGGAACGUCUGUCACUUUAUGCUGUGAGGUAACCACAUCCAAAGCCCUUCUAGAGUGGAGGAAAGGACGGAAGGUACUCCAGGCCAGCAACAAGUACAGAUUCAUCCAGGAAGGUCCCACUGCUGCGAUGGUCAUUGAUAAUGCGGAUGUGAAUGAUUCCGGGGAGUAUACAUGUAUAUGUGGAGACCAUCGGACCACAGCUUCCCUCACUGUCAUUGCUCUUCCCCCACAAUUUAUGGAAGUAUUGAAGGACAAGGAAGGUGUCGAAGGAGAGUCUGUGACUUUAGACUGCAUCAUGACCAAACCGAAGGCCACUCUGGAGUGGAGAAGAGGAAAGAAGAUGCUUACCCCUGGAGACAAGUAUACAUUCAUCCAGGAAGGUCUUUCUGCCGAGCUGGUCAUCAGCCACCUGGACCCUGAAGAUGCAGGGGAGUACACGUGUGUGUGUGGAGACCAGCAGACCACUGCAACCCUGAAUGUGAAGGCACUUCCUCCACUAUUUAAAGAAGAACUGAGGAACAAGGAAGGUGUCGAAGGAGAAUCUGUCUCCUUACAAUGUGUCCUGACCAAACCGAUGGCUCCUCUGGAGUGGAGAAAAGGACAGAAGACUCUUACCCCUGGAGACAAAUAUAGAUUCAUCCAGGAUGUUCUUAUUGCUGAGCUGGUCAUCAGUCACCUGGACCCUGAAGAUGCGGGGGAGUACACAUGUUUGUGUGGAGACCAGCAGACCACUGCAACCUUGACCAUGAAGGCACUCCCCAUUGUUUUCUUGGAAGAACUGAGAAACGAGAUGUUGAGCGAGGGCCAGAAUGCUACUUUACGCUGUGAGCUGAGUAAGCCCGGUCUGCCGGUGUCAUGGAAGAAGAACAACUCUGUGAUUACAGCUAGUGACAAAUAUGCCAUGUGCCAGGAUGGUCCUGUCUACGAGCUGACAAUCCACAACCUGCAGCUGGAAGACACCGGGACCUACACCUGCCUUUAUGGAGAGCAGCAGAGCACAGCCAUGUUAUCAGUGCAGGAGUUACCGGUAUUAUUCAUGGAAGGAUUGAAAAACAUUGAUGUCUUGGAGUGCGGAGAAGCCGUCUUCCAGUGCCAGGUCACCAAGCCAAAUGCACGACUGCAAUGGAAGAAAAGUCAGAAGACGUUACAACCAAAUGAUAAGUAUAAGAUUCGGCAACAAGGAGUGAAUGCAGAAUUGGUCAUCCGAGAUGUUAACCUGAAGGAUUCUGGAAACUAUACCUGUGUAAUUGGAGAGGAGGCGACUACGGCAACGUUAACGGUCUUCGAGUUGCCGGCACAUUUUAGCUCUGAAUUAACCAACCUGGAAGUUAUGGAACGAGGAACCGCUGUCCUGCGCUGUGAGGUGACAAAGCCAUCGGCCGCAGUACAGUGGAAGAAAGGAGAGAAGACAAUACGACUCAGCGAUAAGUACGACAUCAGGCAAGACGGCACUAGAUUAGAACUCCAGAUAAAUGAUGUAGAGCUGUCUGAUGCCGAUCAGUACAGCUGUGUCUGUGAAAAGCAGAGGACAACGGCUUCCCUAACCGUCAUUGCUCUACCGGCGGUCUUCACCGAGCAGCUGAAAGAUCUACAAGUGUCAGAAAGUGACACGGUGACCUUACAUUGUGAGCUUAAUAAAUUUGGCCUCACGGUAGAGUGGAGGAAGGGAGAUGUCACCCUGACACCUGGAGACCGAACUAUCAUGAAGCAGGAAGGACGAGCUCAUGACCUCCUCAUCAGGGAUGUUACUGUGAAGGAUUCUGGGGAAUAUUCCUGCCUGUGCGAGGGUGUCACAUCCUCAGCGCUUCUUUCUGUGAAUGCUCUUCCAGUGCUGUUUAAAGAGGAACUGAAAAAAGUUGACGUUCUGGAAGGAGAAAAUGUCACCCUGAGCUGCGAGCUGAACAAAGUGGACGUGUGCGUGGAGUGGUUAAAGGGCGACAAGAGCUUACAACCUGGAGGCAGGUAUACAGUGCAGCAGGUCGGGGGCACUGCUACACUCAGCAUCCUGGAGGUCAGAGAGGAAGAUGAUGGGGAUUAUACUUGUGUCUGUGGAGAUGCAAAGAGCAUUGGCCACCUGCACGUACAAGCUUUACCUGUGCUCUUCACCCGGCCCCUCCAGAACGUUGACGCCCAGGAGGAGCACACAGUCACCCUGCAAUGUCAGGUAUCCAAGGCCGGGGCUGCAGUAGAAUGGAGGAGAGCAGGGUUAGGAUUACAAGCAGGGAGCAAGUAUGAAAUGCAGCAGAAAGGAAAUGUGAGGGAGCUGCUGAUCCACCACCUGAGGCUGGAGGACACUGGAGAAUACACCUGUGAUUCCGGAGACCAGGAGACCAAGGCCUAUCUGACAGUCACAGCCCUCCCCGUUGUGUUUGUGAAGCCUCUGAAGAACACUGUGGUAGAAGAUGGGGUGACCGUGACCCUGCGCUGUGAGACCUCUAAGGCCAAUGUGCCAGUGGAAUGGAGGAAGGGAACGGUGGGAAUCUUCCCUUGCGCCAAAUAUGAAAUGAAACAAGAAGGAGCAGUGUCUGAGUUGGUCAUCUAUGAUGCUGAAGCUGAAGAUGCUGCAGAGUACACGUGUGACACCGGAGACCAGCAGACCUCAUGCACUGUCAAAGUGAAUGUCCUCCAGUUUGUGAAGAGUUUGCAGAGUGUUGAGGAAGAGCAGGGGGGCAGCGUUUAUCUCCACUGUGAGGUCUCUGCCAAAAUGGCCUCUGUGGAAUGGUGGAAAGGAAGCGAGAAGCUACAGCCCAACAACAAGUACGAGAUGCGGCAAGAUGGCACCAUGCGGGAUUUAAUUAUCCACAACCUGGAGCUGGAGGAUGCUGGAGAAUACAUGUGUACUGCCCGGAGCAAGAGGACCUCAGCGAGCCUCAGCGUCAGAGAGUUGGACAUCACCAUUGUUCGUGGUCUGACGGACCUGUCUGUGUUUGUUGGUGAAGACGCCGUGUUCAAGUGUGAGGUCUCCCACGAGAAGGCCCGGGAUGUGGAGUGGAAGCUGCAGGGGAUCCUUCUGGAGAACAACCAGAUGAACAAGAUCUCAGUGGAGAAAGAGAAAUCCCAUGUGCUGAAGCUGAGCGGUGUCACCCAGGAUGACUCGGGGAGCAUCACCUUCAGGAUGGGCCCAUACGUGUCUACAGCGGAGCUGACUGUGAAGGCCCUUCCGGUGGUUUUUGAACAAAAGCCUGAAGACCAGAGUUGUGAGGAGGGGUCUACAGUCGUUAUACGGGCGCAGAUCUCAAAGGCCAACGUUGAGGCAAAAUGGAGAAGGGGAACCACGGAGAUCAUCCCCAGUGAGAAGAUCGAUAUCAGGCAGGACGGUAAAACCGUGGAGCUGGUUAUACUACCGGCCGUGCCGGAGGACUCUGGAGACUACACGUGUGACACCGGCGAUCAGGAGGUCACAUGUAACUUGCGUGUAACAGCGCUGCCCGUGCAGUUCACCCGCCACCUGCAGAACGUGCACGGAGAGGAGAACGGGUCUGUGACGCUGAGGGCGGACAUAUCCAAGCCUGAUGCCCCCAUACAGUGGAAGAAAGCCGGUCUGACCCUAAAAUCAGGGGCCAAAUAUGAGAUGAAGCAGUCGGGCUGUGUGGUGGAGCUCUGCAUUCACAAGCUGCAGCCAUCAGACGCAGGAGAGUACAGCUGUGACACCGGACACCUGACAUCUGUGGCGAAUGUCCACGUGAAAGAGCCAGAGCCUUUCGUUGUGGACCAGCUGCAGAACGUGUCUGUGGAGGAAGGAGAGGACGCCAUCUUCAAGUGUAAGGUGUCCAAGAACAACGCCCCCGAUGUGCAGUGGUACCUGGCCGGAGUCCCUCUACAGUCCAAUGAGAUGAAUGAGAUAGCUGUCCACAAGGGCAAGAUUCACACCCUGACCCUAAAGAAGGUGUCCCUGGAGGACGCCGGCCCCGUCAGCUUCAGAGUGGGACAGAGCACGACAGCAGCAGAGCUGGAGGUGAAAGCUCUACCUCUAAGAUUCACCAAACCUCUGCAGCCGACGGAAGUGGAUGAGAAAGGAGAAGUCGCCCUGCACUGCGAGCUCUCCAAACCCGACAUCACUGCAGAAUGGAGGAAAGGGGCCGCCGUAAUCAGACCUGGAGGAAAGUACGAAAUCAGCCUGAAAGGAGCCGCGCACACCUUACAUAUCAAAGAUGUCACACUGGAAGAUUCAGGGGAAUAUAGCUGUCAUGCGGUAAACGAGAGAACAUCCGCAACAUUACAAGUUAAAGCCCUGCCGCUUGUCUUUACACAAGAGCUGCAUAACAUUGAGCCGGAGGAGGGGAGGACGGCCAUCUUACAGUGCGAGGUGUCUCGGGAAGGUGCGCCUGUGGAGUGGAGGAAGGGGGCUGUGGUCCUACAGUCCGAUGAUAAGUAUGAGAUGAGACAGGCUGAUCGUAUAGUUGAACUGAUGAUCCACAACGUGGCACCGGAGGACUGUGGCCCCUACACCUGCAGCACAGGAUCCGCCCAGACCACGGCCUCUGUGUUUGUACAAGCCGGUAAUGUAGAGAUAGUGUCUGGUUUAAAGAACACAGAUGUCUUUGCGGGGGAGAUGGCCACCUUCUCCUGCGAGCUGUCCAGCCCGGAUGUGCGGAACGUACAGUGGUGGCUCGAUGGUUCUCCACUGCAGAACAGCUCAGUGAACGAGAUCUCCGUGCACAGAGGCAGAGUCCACACCCUAACCCUAAAAAACCUGGGGACCAAUGACUCUGGCGUAGUCACCUUCAAAGCCGGCUCCCUCAUAUCUACCGCUAAACUCUUAAUUAAAGAUCCAACCAUUGAAGUGGUCAGUCCAAUGAGUGACCUCACCAUUGAUGAAGAUGACACAGCACAGUUCAUCUGCCAGUACUCUAGACCAGUGCAGGCUGCGUGGAAGAAACACGAUGUAGAUCUGUGCGCCGAUGGGAAGAGGGUCAUUGUCGAGCAAGACUGGAAUGUGGCCAAGUUGACCAUUAAGUCUGUGGUUCCCGAAGACCGAGGCGUCUAUGUGUGUGAAGCUGGAGGCACUAGGAUUGUCGCCAUGCUUGAUGUUGAAGAGAAGAAUAAGAUCCUGCAGGGUCUGGAGAACGUGGAGGCGCUGGAGGGCGGGGAGGCACUGUUUGAGUGCUACCUCUCUAAGCCGGAGUGCUACAACUACAACUGGCUGGUGGAUGACGAGGCGGCCAAGAGCUCCGACAACGUGGAGAUGGUUUACUUCGAGAAUGGCCGCCGGCAUCUGCUGCUGCUGAAGAACCUGACGGCGGAGGACAGCUGCCGAGUCACCUUCAUGGCCGGGGACGCCGUGACCUCCGCCUUCCUGAGUGUGCGAGGCUGGCGUCUGGAUGUCGUGAAGCCACCUGCUGACACUGAAGUGGCUGCUGGUGACAAGGCAGCGUUUACCUGUGUGCUCAGUGAAGCGGUGCCGGUAAAUGAGGUAUCCUGGUAUUUUAAUGGUGCACCCAUCCAGCCCGAUGAGAACUGGUCCAUGAUCAUGGAUGGGAACCAGUACAAGCUUCUCCUGAAAGACGCUCAGACGCAUCACUCCGGGGAGGUGGCCUUCGCCUCCAGAGAUGUCGUUGUCUCUGCCAAACUGCUCGUUCUUGCCCUUCCCGAUCCCCCAGAAGACCCUGAGAUUGUCAGUAAGACGAGCAGCUCCUUGACCUUGUCUUGGUUCACGCCCCGGAGUGAUGGUGGGGCUCCGAUUGUUGGAUAUAAUGUUGAGAUGAAGUCCCCGGGUGGUGACUGGCAACAGUGCAACAUGGAGAUUAUACAGAGUAUGGAGUAUGUGGUCCAAAACCUGGAGCCGGGCCAGCCCUACCGAUUCCGUAUCUCCUCCAUUAACAAACUGGGCAGAGGGGAACCAGUUCACUUACCGCAGACGGUGCAGCUAGAACAUCCGGUGAUGGUUCAUCAUCCGCUACAGCAUAAAUCUGCCACACCAGGGGAGACCCUUCGCCUGGAAUGUGAACUGUCCAAGGAAAGUUGUGAGGUCACCUGGAUGAAGGAGAAUGAACCACUGAAUCCAGGGAAGAAAUACCAGAUUAUUUGUGAGGAAAAGAGACAGAUCCUGCUCAUCCAUGAUGUCUCUGCUGAUGACCAAGCAACCUACUCCUGUGUCACCUCCUCUGGUGACAAGACUUCUGCCACCAUUUCUUUGGGUAUACAAACCAUUACGGAGCUGGUAACUGUACAGGAGGCUCUUGGUUUGACCCAUGUAAGGACGGAUCAUGUGGUUGAGGCAGAAGACAGCACACAGCCCAACCUUCCCCCAGAGGCUGCUCAAGAAGGAGAUCUUCAUCUGUUAUGGGAAGCAUUGGCCAAAAAGAGGAGGAUGAGCAAGGAGCCCACCUUAGACUCCAUCUCCGAGGUCCCAGAAGAAGAUGAAAAACGGAAGCUUAAAAAAGAGGCUGAGCGUCGAGCAGAUUUUUCAGGUUACACUUCUGAAGACGUGGCCAAGACAAGUGAGGCCGACUUCUCUCUUACAAGUUCUGAUGACGAGUCCCGGGCUGGGACACCAUCUCUGGUCUCAUAUCUUAAGAAGGCCGGUAAGUCCACCAUCACCUAUGGAAGUAAGGUCCAGACAGUGUCUGCCAGCAAGUUUUUCAAGCACUUCGAGACCUCAAAUAUCACUGAAGUGAAGGAACCAGUAAAAGAACCAGACUUGUCGGAAAUAUUUGACGAUGACCCAGCCCUGGACAAGGCAGCUGUCAAGAUUCAGGCAGCUUUCAAGGGCUAUAAGGCAAGAAAGGUGAUAAAGCAACAGGAGUGUCCCAUGUUUACUGAGACCUUCAAAGACCUCUCAGUGGAGCCUGGAGGUACAGUUCACCUUGAGUGUGUGGCCAUCAGUAAGAGUGACAUCACCGCUCAAUGGAUGAAGGAUGGGAAGGAGCUGUCUGAUGGUCGUCACUACCACAUCGAUAAUUACCCUGAUGGGACCUGCUCCCUAAUUAUCACUGCAGUGGAGCUCCAGGACACAGGCAAUUACACAUGUGAAGCUUCCAACAAAUUUGGUCAGGUGUGCCACAGUGCAAAGCUGGUGGUGGAUGGUGGGGAACCAGAGAUUCCUCAAAAGCCCAUCCCCAUCCCACCAAAAUCAUCCACAGAUAGUGAGACUGAAACUUCUGGAAGUGACUUGGAUGAUGCUUUCCGGAAGGCGGGAAGGAGGCUCCAUAAAAUCUUUAAGUCUAGGUCUUCCCUGGAAAUGUCUGAAGAAGAGCUGUUUGUCAGCGCUGAUGAGGGGGAUCUGCCUCCCAUCGACCAUCAGACCUACCGAGAAGAUGACAAGUUCAUCUACAUCAAGUUUGAAGUCAUGUCAGAAGCUUCAGUCGCCGCACACAGGUUCCGUGAGAUGUUCUCCGCGAUGGGAAUCAAAGUGAAGAUCGACAUCCUGGAGCAAGGGCAGAAGAACAUCGAGCUACGCAUAAUGAAAGUGGAAACAGGACCCACAGAGCAACAGAAACUGCAAGCCAAGCAACAGAUGACCUUACUCACCUCAGACACAGCCCCUGUCUUCAUCACGGAGCUCCAGAACCAGGAGGUGGCGGACGGUUACCCGGUCAGCUUUGAUUGCGUUGUGAUUGGGAAACCGAUGCCGAGCGUCCGCUGGUUCAAAGACGGGAAAGCAAUAGAAGAAGAUGACCAUUAUAUGAUCAAUGAGGACCAGGAGGGCUGCCACCAGCUGAUCAUCACCGCCGUGGUGCUCCCAGACAUGGGGGUCUACAGGUGUCUGGCGGAGAACAGGAUGGGAGUGGCCUCGACUAAGGCGGAGCUGAGGGUGGACUUGACCAGUUCUGACUACGACACAGCGGAGGCCACAGAGACCUCGUCCUACUUCAGCGCCCAGGGAUAUGCAUCCAGAGAGCAGGAGAGCCUGGAGUCGGCCACGGAGCAGGAGCAGCUGCCGCAGGUCCUGGAGGAGCUCCGCGAUGUCCUGGUGGCCCCUGAGACCCCAAUCGCCAGGUUCCAGAUCAGAGUGAAAGGGUUUCCUCGCCCGCGGGUCCACUGGUUUAAGGACGGGCAGCCGCUCCACUCCUCAGACCGGAUACUGGUGACCAGUAAGAGGAAGGCACACUCCCUGGAGAUCCUGAACGUCAGCAGGGAGGACGCCGGCGAGUACUCCACCUACAUCAGUAACUCCGCCGGCUCUGCCUACUCCUCCGCCAGACUGACGGUGAAAGGUCCAGGAGAGCUGCAGAAAGAGAAGUCAGCAGAGGACGCUGGAGAUCUGAAGAAGCCAGUUCCUCCAAUGUUCCUGGAGAGAUUCACAAACAAGAAUGUGCAGAAGGGCGCCAGCAUCACCCUGUCUGUGAAAGUGGAAGGGAUCCCAGUCCCCAUGGUCACUUGGCUGAAGGAAGAGUCUCCUGAGAACGUUCUGUUGAUCAAACCGGAGACCCCGGGCUACAAGCUGGCGAGCUCCAACAUGCACCACAGCCUGGUCCUGCUGGACGUGGGCACUGACUACACUGCAACCUACACCUGCAUCGCCACCAACAAGGUGGGACAGUCCAUCUGCAGCGCCACCGUCCAGGUCCUAGAAGAAAAGGAGGCGCAGAUUCUGGCAAAAGCUGAUAAGAUUGUGAAGGACAUUCUGGGGUCAUCUGUGCCGGGAAGGAUCGGGACGUCGGUGCAGCCGGCGGAGGCAGAUGGUGACUCCCGAAUGGCACAGAAGACGCACAUCUCAUUAACAGAGGUCGGAACGGAGGAGUUCUUCCAGAAACUGACGUCACAGAUCACAGAAAUGGUCUCUGCGAAGAUCAGUCAAGCAGCUUCCCUCCGAGUACCCACAAUGCCCGGCAUGGACAGCGACGAUGAGUCCAAGACUCCAUCAGCCUCCCCGCGGCACGGCAGAUCCAGACCGUCAUCCAUUGCUGUCGAGUCAUCAUCAGAGUCCGAGGAUGGAGACUCCAGAGGAGAGAUCUUCGACAUCUACAUGGUGACGGCAGAUUACAGCCCCAUAACAGCCGAUAAGGAGACAAUCACCCUGAAGGAGGGGCAGUACGUGGAGGUGCUGGACUCCGCUCAUCCCCUCAAGUGGCUCGUCCGAACAAAACCCACCAAAUUCAGUGCCUCCCGGCAGGGCUGGGUGUCCCCUGCGUAUCUGGACAAACGGCUGAAGUUGUCCCCAGAAUGGGGAGCAGGAGACGUGGUGGAGCACCCCGGGGAGACCGUCUCUGAGGAGGAGUACAAGAAGAGGCUCAGCACAAUCAUCCAGGAUCUUCUGAGCUCGGAGAAGGAAUACGUCACCGACCUGCAGUUCCUUCAGACCCAUCACCUGAGUUACACCGAGAGCUGCACAGAUGUCCCCGAGGCUGUGGCCAUCCAGAAGCCAGUGAUCUUCCGGAACAUCAGCGACAUCGGGAACUUCCACGCCAGAACGUUCUUCCAGGAACUGAAGAAGAGCGACACAGACGACGAUAUCGCCAUGUGCUUCAUCCGGAACGAGGAGGAAUUCAACAAGUACAUCAUGUACCUGGUGGGCCGCGUGCAGGCCGAGUCCGUGGUGGUCAACGACGCCAUUCAGGAGUUCUACAAGGGAUACGCGGAGGAUAUCCUCGCUCUGUCGGACCCCUCCAGACCCCCGGCGCCUCCUCUCCAACAUUACCUGGAGCGGCCGAUAAGUAGGAUCCAUCACUACCAGGUCAUCCUGAAGGAAAUGAUCCGGAACAAGGCCCGAAACAGCAAGAACUGUGCGCUGCUGGAGCAGGCCUACGCCAUCGUGUCCGCGCUCACCCGCCGGGCGGAGAACUUCCUGCAUGUGUCACUGAUGGAGAAUUACCCUGGGACGCUGGAGGCGCUAGGAGAGCCCAUACGACAGGGCCACUUCAUUGUCUGGGAAGGAGCUCCAGGGGCCCGAAUGGCCUGGAAGGGACACAACCGCCACGUCUUCCUGUUCAAGAAUUAUGUCAUCAUCUGUAAACCCAAGAGAGACACCAGGACGGACACCUACAGCUACGUCUUCAAGAACAUGAUGAAGCUGACAAACAUUGACGUGAAUGAUCAGGUGGAGGGCGAUGACCGCGCCUUCGAGAUCUGGCACGAGCGCGAGGACUCGGUGCGGAAAUAUCUGCUGCAGGCGCGGACGGUGAUCAUCAAGAACUCCUGGGUGAAGGAGAUCAGCGGCAUCCAGCAGCGCUUCAGCCUCCCGCUCUGGAAUCCCCCUCACUUCAUCGAGGUGCUGGCAGAUUGUACGGCCGAGCUGGGAGAAACCGUCAAACUGGCGUGCCGCGUCACCGGGACCCCGAAACCCACAGUCACCUGGUACAAAGACGGCCGCCCAGUGGAGGUGGAUCCGCAUCACAUCAUCAUCGAGGAUCCGGACGGCUCCUGCACCCUCAUCCUGGACAAUAUGACCGGGGCCGACUCCGGCCAGUACAUGUGCUUCGCCUGCAGCCCGGCCGGAACCGCCAGCACACUGGGCAAGAUCCUGGUCCAAGUUCCCCCGAGAUUCAUCAACAAGAUGCGGAACGUGUACUUUGUGGAAGGAGAAGAUGUGCAGCUCUCAUGUGUUAUUGAAGGGGCGCCGUACCCACAGAUCAGGUGGUACAGGGACAGUCAUCUGCUGCCGGAUUCCAGUAAACACCAGACGUUUGCCGAGCCGCGGAGCGGAGUCCUGGUCCUGGUGAUAAAGAACGCAACCAAGGACGACGUGGGGCACUACGAGUGUGAGAUGGCGAACAGACUGGGGUCUACGCGGAGCGGAGCGGAACUUAACGUACAAACCGCGGCCAUGAUGGAGCGGAGAGGCGACCAGACCGUCACUAUCGAAGGAGACGGGGCUUUGUUGGAUGCUUCUAUCCGGGCUUCUUUACAACGUGCAGACCAGGAGAUCAGACAAGUCCUGAAGAAGCUGAUGGCCCCUGAAUCGGGGGUCACCACGGCCCAGGAUCCCCCCCCAACAAAUACCGAAACGGCAAAAAGUGCGGAACACAGUGUCCUCGAGGAUGGGCGGGAAACGGCGGACAUAUUCAGAGACGCCAACACCCAGACGCCCGAACAAGCCACUCAUGAUGAAGCCCGGAAGGCACCAGUUGUCAGUGAGGCCACAGAAGCUUAUCCUGAGGUCAGUUCUUCAGAAACCCAGACAGAGCCGGACGUCCCUGAGAGAAUCAUCCCAAUCAGGCUUCAGAUGGAUGCAGCGGAGCGGAUGAGACCCCCGGGGGCCCAGAUCUGGGAUGUCCACAGAGAAGUCUACAUCCAGACCACACAGAAGACCUGCCGGCAUGUGAGCCCGGAGCGGGAGGCCCGCCCCCCGUACAUGCAGGUGACCAUAGAGGAUGUGCACACCCAACAGGGAGAAACUGCCCAAUUUGAUGCCGUGAUAGAUGGGAGCCCCCCUCUGACCAUAACGUGGUACAAGGACAACAACUUUUUGGUGGAAAGUGACAGAAACCGGUUGAUGCGAGAGGACAGGAAAUAUUCCCUCAUCAUCCACAGAACGGAGGCUGGAGAUGGCGGGGUGUACACCUGUGUCGCCCACAACUCUGCCGGAGAAGUGUCCUGUAAGGCCGAGCUGGUUCUGCAUCCAGAUGAGAAGGAACAGGAGACAAAGCCGCAACACAAGAGGAGGAAGCUCCAGUCUUUCUUUGAGGUUAAAGAAGAGAUUGGGAGGGGAUCCUUUGGUUUUGUGAAAAGGGUUGUGCACAAAGGAAACGGAGCCACAUGUGCAGCCAAAUUCAUCCCGCUGAAGAGCAAAACCCGGCAGCAAUCGUAUCGCGAAAGGGAUAUCAUAUCGGAGGUGUCACAUGAUCGGGUUACCCUGCUGCUCGAUUCCUUUGAAACCAAAAAGACAUUAAUUCUCAUCCUGGAGAUAUGUUGCGGGGAGGAACUGCUGGAUCGACUCUUCCGGAAACACAUGAUCACUGAGAAAGAGGUGAAGAUUUACAUCCGGCAGCUGCUUGAGGCCAUCGCUUAUCUCCACGACAAGAACAUUCUGCACCUGGACAUCAAGCCGUCGAACAUACUGAUGGUUCACGCUGAUCGGGACGAUAUCAAACUCUGCGAUUUUGGAUUUGCACAGAGGAUUAUUGCUUCUGAAUUUCAGUACAGCAAGUACGGAUCUCCGGAGUUUGUGGCCCCAGAAAUUGCCUCCCAGGCCCCAGUGUGUAAAGCGUCUGAUAUCUGGCCGGUGGGGGUCAUCAGCUACUUGUGUCUGGUCAGCGCCUCCCCGUUUGCCGCUCAGAAUGACAGAGAGACGCUGCGGAACGUCCAACAAGGGAAGAUCAACUGGAGCUGCCCGUCCUUCACCCGGCUGAGCGCCGACGCCAGGCACUUCAUGAUGGCCGCCGUCCACAUGUCUCCAGACGCCCGGCCCAGCGCCCGCGACUGUAUCCACCACAAGUGGUUUACGGCGAGCUCAGGCCCAGAGGACAUUCAACCGAUCAGCUCCAAAAACCUCAGGUUCCUUGUGGCGCGCAGUCGGUGGCAGCGCUCGCUAAUGUGUUAUAAAUCCAUCCUAGUGAUGAGGUCCAUUCCUGAGCUUCUGAAUAGCAAGCUGGAGAGUACAUCACUGGGCAUCCCCCGACACUUGGUGGAAUGCAGCAGCUCGUCCUCCAGUAGUGGCUCGUCUUCUGAUAAUGAGAGUGACAUUAGUCCUACCGCAAAAGACUGCAAUCCUUCUCUCGAGCUGCACUUGUCCAUUUUCAAAAUGUCUGAAAAGGACACACUGCAAAAGUGUAACACAUCAGAAUCUGGAAUUGACCGGGAAGAUAACGAAGACAAGAAGAUGGAAAAUCCAGAUACCUCUCCAAUGACUAGACACAAGCGUGAACAUGAGAGUGUUGUUGGCUCAAAUAAAAGCCAAAGGGAACUGGAGGAUGACAAGAAAAUGCUGGUUCACUCUGUGGCGACAUCUCCAGGAAGGCGCCUUAAGUACAGAGCUGCCACCAUUGAAGUUGGGGGCCUCGCCUCUAAAAAGCCAAAGACUGGAUCUUUUAUUAGGGGGACUUCUGCAGACAGUGCUCUGUUGCUUCAGAGAGCAGGUGACAAACCAUCGUUAGCCUGUGUGCCGAGGCAAAGUAUCAUCAAUAGCACAUUCUACAACCAGGGUUCUGAAGGACCUGGCAUGGCACCACAAGAUGGGUCACUGAAAGACAAAGACUUCAUCAAGCACCGGGAGCGGGCACGCAGGAGUUUGAUGAAGGCUGGAUAUUCUCAAAAAAUUUUGAGUGGUUUGCGAGAACCACUUCUGGAGCAGUUCACGAUAGAACAAAGAAUGUUGUCCGACCAAGAUGCACAGCUCAGCUCCCUUAAGAAAUCGGCUUCAUUUGACACGGCAAAGAGUGCCUUAAGGUCCUCGUUCAAAGUUUCAAGCAGAAGCCGUUCCCUUGAUGAUUACAAAUCAAGACCCUUGAGCAUCUAUAAAGGAACUGUUGUGGAAGAAAUAGAUCAAGAUUCUUUGAGAGCUGAACAAGGAACAUUUAAAAAGACAGACACUGACAUUAAGCUUCAUUCUGACAACUCCAUAAGACCCAUCUCACUACCUCCUGAGAUUCAUCAAUAUUCAGCACCAGUAAAGAUGUCUUCAACACAAAGACCUUUGUCUGCACCCACUACAGAUAGGGAAAACACUAUUAUUGCAGUUUUCCAUCAGCAUCCUAUACUGCAGACCAGCGUAAGUAGAGAAAGACCGUCAUCUGUACAACCAAAGGUAGAGGAAAGUACCGUAAUAGCAUAUGUGAUACCAAGACAAACCCCAGACUCCUCAGCAAUGAAGAAAACUGGUACAGUGAAGGCUCCACCUCAGUCUUCUCAACACAGUAUCAAGGACCAAGGUCCAUCCUUAGACAGUCAAGGAGGAGUGACGUUUACAGUCCAUAGCACUUCUGAGGGAAAUGACUUUCUUACAUCUGAUACUUCCACAGAAGGGGAUACAUGCACUGAACUCUUCAUGGUGGACAAGACAAAGGGUGAAGGGUCAAAGGUUUUCACUGAACCCAAGACAGAAAAGUUGUUUCAGUUUGUAGAGCUGAGCAAUGAUGACAACACAAGGAUGACAGUGAUAUGUCAAGGAAACAUUGAGGAACAUGUCACAGCUAAUGAAGAACCUGACAGAAGUGCAGGGAAUAUGACUGACUCUGUCUCUACACCAAUACAGGUAGGUACAGCCACAAAAUCUUCAGAAGAUACAACCCCCCAAGAUACCAUUAUGGCAGAGGUCACAGUUGUCCAGCCUGAUGAUGGAGACCUGAUAAAACCACCCAUCAAUCAGACAAUGGACCUCCAUAAAGAUCACAGUGAAGAAAAGUCUCCAUUUGAAACAUUAGAAACUAUACAAAAAAUGGAACUCCCAGCAGGUGGUUGUGAUGCAUCUCCUCAGGAUGAUGAUGUUGGCAGAGAUUUUCAAUGUCCUGUAUAUAGCGCUGCACUAGAGGACUUAGUUGGAGAGAUGGCCUCUUUGUCGGAUGAGAUGGAUGCGUUGGCGAGUGAACAAAGGCCGGUUGGCCAAGAAGUUCCUUCUCAUUUUCCCCCAGUUGUUCCCUCUGGAUUACAAGAUGUGGGUCCGGGGGAAUGCCCUGCAAUGGAUAUGGACCCCAGCCCCGUGGAGGAAAUAACAAAGGAUCUACAGAUGACAUCGGCUUCUCAGUGUAGCUUUUAUGAGUCUCUGUCUCGGGCUGAGGUCUCCACCAUUGAGAGCCACAGCUCCAGUAAGACAUUUAUUUCUCAUUCGGAUAGCUCUGGCACAGGGCGGCGAUCUGACAAUUUCUCAGACUUUGAUGAGGCGGGUAGACGUUCGGAAGUGUCACUGGUGGAGAUUGGUGAAAUGCAUCAUAAGCAGUCAUCCACAAGUCCAGAGCUUCGCCAGUUGGAUGUUGAUGCUGCUUGUUCCCAGCUCCAUGAUUUUUAUGAUAUAUGUACAUCUCCCCAGACAUCUUUGAUGAUAGAGGAUCAGAAGUUUAAUUUGUCUUCUCCAGCAUCUAAGCAUCCAACAGACUGUGGUGAAACAGCCAUGGAAACAUCAGUGGUGUUGGGGAAGUCCACGAAGGAUGGGCUACCACUGCAGCCACUGCAGCUGUUGGACCAUCAGCAAAUUACAACUAAAGACAGAAAAACCUCAAGGAAACGAAUCAAACUCUUCCGACCUCAUAGAAAAUCUGAAAAAAACGUGAAAACCCCAGAAAUAAGUCUGAAGCAGAAAGUAAAAGCCUCCGUGGCCAACAUAUCCCGCAUCAUCAAACGAAAACCGGGGAAUGGAAAGGAAGCAGGUCCAUCAGAGAUGAUGAAGCCCUCGGUCACUGAUCAUGGAGCAGUCGGUAUCAUCUCUGGAUCAGUCAAGAAAAAAGGGCUUCCUACCUUCAAACUGCCGAACCUCAGUGGCAAGGACAAAGCUCCUGCAUUUGUGGAGGAGCUGACAGACCAGACAGUGGUCGUGGGUCAUCUGGUGACGUUAUCCUGCCGGACGGCGCAGCCGGUGACGGAUGUAGAGUGGUAUAAAGACGGCAUUCCCAUCCAGAGCAGCGAGCGCGUCCUCAUAUCGUCCACCCUGAAGAACUAUCACCUACUCACUAUCCUGGUAGUGACCAUGCAGGACCUGGGCAUCUACGCCUGCGUGGCCUCCAACGUGCUGGGAAGUGCCUCCACCUGCUGUAUUAUAAAGAAGGCCGAGAUCCCGUGUUGUCCCAGCCGUCCAGAGGUCGCCCAGGUGUACAAGGACGGAGCGCUGAUCGUAUGGAAACCAGUGGAGUCCAGCACUCCGGUCACCUACUUCCUGCAGUACAGAAAGGAGGGUGAGGAGUGGCGGGCACUGACUCUGGACAUCUCGGAUUGCUGUUACUCCACCCGCAGUCUGUGUGAGGGUCACGUCUACUCCUUCCGCAUCGCCUGUAUCAGUAAAGCAGGAAUGGGGCCGUACAGCGAGUCGUCUGCUGCAGUGAGGAUCGGGAGGCUGAGCCCAGCACAUGGACAGUUAUCUGGAGCUUUGGAGCCUCAGGAUUCAUCAGCGCAAGGAUUCACUGCGGAUUUACAGAUGGAGGGAAGGAGAGGUCGGUUCAGCACCGUGAGGUUGUGCACAGAGAGGUCGACGGGACGACCCUUCGCUGCCAAGGUGAUCCCAUACACGGAGGAGACUAAGGAGGCGACGCUCCUGGAGUAUCAGAUCCUGAAGAAGCUUCAUCACACCAACGUGGUGCAGCUACACGCGGCGUAUCUCAGCCCACAGAACCUGGUGCUCAUCCUGGAGCUGUGCGAGGGGCGGCAGCUGCUGCAAUGCCUGUCCGCUGGGGCCUCAUACUCAGAGCUGGACGUCCGGGAUUACCUCUGGCAGAUCCUCAGUGCGGUGGAAUUCCUGCACGACAAGCAAAUCCUGCACCUGGACCUGAGGUCCGAAAACAUCCUGGUCACCGAGCACAAGCUGCUGAAGAUCCUGGACUUCGGAGAGGCACAGUACUACUUCCCUGACAGAGUGAUCACCCCCCGGAGAUACAUGGACUUCAUAGAGACGACUGCUCCGGAGCUCCUGGAGGGGCAGGGGGUGAUUCCUCCCACCGAUAUCUGGGCAGUGGGGAUCACAGCGUUUAUCAUGUUGAGUGCGGAGCUUCCCUUCAGCUGUGAUCCAGGGCCGGAGAUAAAGAAGGGACUGGUCAGAUUUGGUCGCUGCUACGCUGGGUUGUCUGGAGGAGCCGUGCGUUUUCUACAGAGCGCGUUGUGGGCAAAUCCCUGGGGGCGCCCCUCUGCCUCUGACUGUCUGAAGAUGCCGUGGCUGCAGGAAGCUGGACUGGCCACGUUACAGGAGCCACCGGUCAUAUUUCCCAGCACAAAACUAAGGCACUUCCUACUUGAGAGGAGGAAACGGGCAGAAGAGGCACGGCGGGCGGCAGCGCAAAAGAUCCAGUGACCUCAGUCCUGUGUCUUGUGUCUCUGUGGAAAGUCGCUGCACCGGCACAACAGACUCUGUGUACAGCGCCCCCUUCUACCAGCAGGCCAUAUCUGGGGAUAGCAGGGCCCUGUCAUUACCUCUACCCUCUUAUCUCCAAGACCCCCCCCCCUCUUUUGUUUUCUACGUUGCCGUGCCUGUUAUAAGGAGGGGCCUGUGCGGGGGCGGGGCCUGCCUGAGUUGCUCCCCGAUCUCUUCCUGGGCGGCUCUAGUCAUCAGGAGUGGGGUGGUUCAGCCCUCCACCCGGUGUGCGGAGCUCUCCCACAUUAGACAUAAUCUUUAUAUGGUGUAGAUGAUAGGACGUAACCUUUACCGCGUGGAGUUUCUAUGUAAACGUUUAUUAACUGUUUUUGUCGGAGCCGGAAUGAGACGGGGAACAUGGCACACGCCCUCGCGGCUCCGCCUAUUGCGGAUCGCAGCAGCGUGGAUGUUGUGAUGAUUACGCUGGCGGUUGUGAAGAGGUCACUCCUAGCUCCACCCACUGCGCUCGCUGAGGGACUGUCUGCCGUUUCCAGGAUUAAUGUCUGUCUUCAUUAUUAUAGUUAAGGGAACAGAUUUUUACCUUUGGUCACUUGGAGUCACAUUUAUAACUGUUUUACUGUUGUCAGAUUUGUCUGUUUGACCUUUUUUCAAUAAAGAUUUGAGAAGUAA